UCGAAACGGACGUGCGACUUUGUCCGGUUUUUUAAAUCGCCAUCGUUCAUCGAGCUUUUGUGUGUCCAAACAAUAAAGAGAAAUAAAUAAAUACAAAUAAAUAAUAGUUGAAAAUAACAACCAAAUAACAAAAACCGCAAAAAAGAAUAAAACUUAAACCACCAGUGCGUAUGCGUGAUUUGAUCAUAUGAAGCGACGGCAUAAAAGCAGAAACUACAUUAAAAUGUACAAGAGAAAGGCCUGAACUUAAAGCUGACCCCAAAUCCUUUCGUUCCAAAAAUAUACAUUUGUGAUUUGCGAUAAUAAUUAGUAUUAAUAGAGUUAAUCGAACUGAAAAUUAAAUAUUAAAUCGUGUCAAGCCAGCUGCUUAAUUUAAUUAAUUAAUUUAACAAGCAACCCACAAAAAAAUCUGUCAAAAUUGCGCCGACUCGAGUUCAUCCGCCGCCGCCAGUUGAGCCGUCUGCUCUUAGUCCCCAUCCUCAGUCCAAUCACAACAAUAACACCAAGACAACAACGACGGAGCCCGGCACAGUGGGUCACAGUGCCGCAUCCACAAUAUCGCGGCGCCGCAGGAGUGGCAGUGGGAGUGGCAGCAUCCACCGGAAACGUAAGGACAUUUGGCCUUUCAAGAUGCGGGUGAAGGUGAGCAAACGCCUGUGGCCCCACCGACAGGCGUCUACCAAGAGCGACAAGUUUCCACAGCCAAACGAAGUAACAGAAGGUGCCUUACAAGUCUGGCGAACUCUGCCGGAGCGCAUUCGUCAGGAUCCCAGUCUAGCCUCGUUUCGCCAGGAGCAUGAACGUUUACAUGGCGACGUUGAUCCUUUGCCAGCGGAGGAAAGCGAACUCCGGGUGGAGAAUGGACAUCACGAGGAGACGGCUUUGGCCAACACACAGACGGGAUUCACACAGAUCGGUAUCAAUGUGACGAACGAGGCGGGACAGGUGCGAGUGCUGGACGGCAGGGAUCUGGAGAACAACAAUGAUGAUCAGCAUGAUGAGGCCGAGACGCACGGAAAGAGUUUGAUCCGCAAGUAUCUCAUUUGGUUCAAGAUUGCCGUGCUCUUGGUGGUCUGGUGCGUCUUUACCGCCUUCCUCAUGUCCAACAAUGAGCAUGUGGACCAGCUCAGCCUCAUAAGUGUUCCUAGGAAUAGCUCUUCGAGAGUCUUUCCCAUUACCACAGCCAGUCUGCAAAGGAUUGGUCUGGGCCUGCGAGGACCCUUUAGGUUGCAGGAGAACGAGCUGACGCUGAAUGAUAGUGUCCCCCUGCCCGUGCUCCAGGUUCAGGUGAUGCGCAGCUACUUUGAUGCCGAGGGCAUGGAGAUCUACAUCGAGAAUGCCAGUCAGCUGUGGCAGCUGGACGUGGUCUAUCCGGACCUCAUCGAUGCCACCAAGGACACGAAGAAGCAGCGCACCUUCGAGCUGAGUGCCAGCGAUCCGCUGUGGUUGGCGCAGGCCAAUCGCACGGAGCUGAGCUUCGAGUUCACCAGCAGCAUUGAGGGCGAAUUGCCGCUCCAGCUGAAUGUGGAUGAGUCUCCGAUCUACAAGCGGGAUGGUGUCAUCUAUGCGGCGGCGGUGCUCUGCGGCCUGUACGUGAUGAUCAUCUGGGAGAUUGUAAACAGGACCUUUGCGGCCAUUAUUGCAUCCACGUUGUCGGUGGGCAUACUGGCUGCCCUGAAUUCAAGACCCUCGAUGGCCACCAUUAUGGGUUGGAUCGAUGUGGAGACUUUGCUGCUGCUCUUUGGCAUGAUGAUUCUGGUGGCCAUUCUCUCCGAGACCGGAGUCUUUGACUAUCUGGCUGUUUAUGCCUAUAAGAUCACCAAUGGCCAUGUGUGGCCACUCAUCAACUGUCUGUGCCUGUUCACGGCGGUCCUUUCCUCCUUUUUGGACAAUGUCACCACCGUGUUGCUGAUGACACCGGUCACGAUACGACUCUGCGAGGUCAUGUGUCUCAAUCCUGUGCCCAUAUUGAUGUGCAUGGUCAUCUACUCGAAUAUUGGCGGAGCCCUGACUCCGGUGGGGGAUCCCCCAAAUGUCAUCAUUGCCUCAAAUAGCUACAUAUCGAAGAAUGGCGUCAACUUUGCCGUCUUCACGCUGCAUAUGCUGCCCGGAGUCCUUUUGGUGAUGGUACAGACCUACAUCCAGCUGCGCUUCAAGUUCCGAAACAUCAGCGAUUUGCAGUUUAAGGACUCUCCAGAAGUAGAGGAACUGCGUCACGAGAUCCAUGUGUGGAAGCGAGCGGCUGCCAGCCUCUCAGCUUACUCCAAGGACGAGGAACUGGUGCGACAGACGCUGAUGAAAAAGGUUAAUCGCUUGAAGAGAAGCCUCAAGAAGCGAAUGACGGCGGUUAUUGAACCGGCACCAAAUUAUCAACAAACGUUGGCCAAUCUUCAAGCCAAGUAUCCCAUUCGCAACAAGCCUCUGCUGAUUAAAUGCUCGGCCGCCCUGCUCUUUGUGAUCAGUUUAUUCUUCUUGCACUCUGUUCCGGAACUUCAGAGAUUGUCCUUGGGCUGGACCGCUUUGCUGGGUGCCAUAUUCCUCAUCAUUCUGGCCGAUAUUGAGGAUAUGGAAGCUAUAUUGGCUCGCGUGGAGUGGUCUACGUUGCUCUUCUUUGCAGCUCUCUUCAUACUGAUGGAGGCUCUGACGGAGUUGGGUCUGAUUGAGUGGAUUGGCAAUAUGACAGAGGGCAUUAUCCUGGGCGUGGGCGAGGAUCAGCGUCUGAUGGUGGCCAUUUUGAUAAUACUUUGGGUUUCUGCUGUGGCCUCGGCUUUUGUGGACAACAUUCCGCUGACCACAAUGAUGGUGAAGAUCACCAUAUCGUUGGCCCAAAACAGCACCUUGAAUCUGCCGCUUCAGCCUUUGGUUUGGGCCUUGGCCUUGGGUGCCUGUUUGGGGGGCAAUGGCACACUGAUUGGAGCCUCGGCCAAUGUGGUCUGUGCCGGCGUGGCCGAGCAGCAUGGCUACAAGUUCACCUUCCUGCAGUUCUUCAAAGUUGGUUUUCCCAUCAUGAUUGGCAGCAUUAUAGUGACUACAGGGUAUCUGCUGGUCUCGCACUCUCUGUUCGCGUGGCAUUGAUGAAGGGCCCCCUUCUAGGAGUUGACUGUGUCGAUUUCGCAACAAGGCGCACUUUACCUCGUUACCUAACGGACAGGACCUGUUCCGGCAGAUGCCGCACCCAACGCGAUUUCAAAGGAAUUUCAAUAUCUUAUACACAGGCUAUAGGAAUUAAUUCUAAGGCAUGUUGGCGACCAAAAAAAGAUACAAAAAACCAAAAAACAGAAACAGAAACGAAGAAUAUUAUAUUAAAUAUACAUUUAUUUUUACACAUCGUUGUUAGUGUAGUGCGUAGUCUAAAUAACAAACAACAAUUAAGAGAAUUAUAAUUAAUAUAAAUUAAUUAUUUACAAUUAAUAAUGUCGCUGAACUGUGAAACAAUUGUUAAAUGUUAAAUGUAUGAAUACGAAUUAAAU